UUUGCUGUUAUAGUGCGCGUGUGCAGUAGCUCUGUCUUUUUCUGUUUAGGGAGGUGUUGGUGAGGUGGUCCCUGUUUUCACUGUCAAACCGGGCCUGACUUUUCUCGAAGUAUCAUGCAGCUGUUUCUACAUGCUCAGAAGAUCCACACUCUUGAUGUGACUGGGGAAGAGACUGUUGGGCAAAUCAAGGCCCAUGUCGAAUCCUUGGAAGGAGUCUCUGCUGUUGACCAAGUGAUCCUCUUGGCUGGCACACCCUUAGAUGAUGACACCAUCAUAGGCCAAUGUGGUAUAAAUGAGCACUGCACACUUGAAGUAAUUGCCCGAUUAUUGGGUGGCAAGGUCCAUGGAUCCCUUGCUCGAGCUGGAAAAGUGAAAGGUCAGACUCCCAAGGUUGCAAAACAAGAGAAGAGGAAAAAGAAGACUGGCCGUGCUAAGAGGCGCAUGCAAUACAAUCGUCGUUUUGUAAAUGUUGUGCCAUGCUUUGGAAAGAGGAAGGGACCAAAUUCAAACUCCUAAAAUGUUUUUCAGCAGAAGCUCAAUUGAUUCAAUGAAUUGAUAUUUAUGCCUCAUUACCUUACAGACUGGCUCACUUGACUGGAAUUGUUUCAAAUGAAGCAACUGGCUUGUAUCGUAUUCCAAUCCUGUAGUAAUUUUUUAAACUUUUCAGCAACUUUGACAAUUGUCUUAAUCUGUUCUCCAGUAUAUUUUAGUGAAGUAUACAGUUAUACAAGUAUUCCACCCAAUUACAUUUGUUAAUGUACUUUCAAGAUUUUCUUCUUGUAUUCUACACAUGAAGUCUAGAUUCACAUUCCAAUUGCACUAUCUACUGGAUUCUAUAUUGUGUGCAAAAUUGUGCUGUGUGCAAUUUGUGUUAUUGGUAACUAUACAUCUUUGUACCAUUUCAGUGAGGUAACUCAUUUAAACUUACUACUUUGAACUAAGUAGUGAUAACAAAUGAGUAAUUAACAUGCUUCACAGAUGGAGUAAAAGUAUUUUUGAUAAAUCUUUCAAAUGCUUUUUGCAUAUGUUGUAUGUUAUCAAACUCUUUUGAGCAAAGAUCUGGAAUUUAGAUAAAAGAAACUAGAAAUAUUGAAAGUUUAAUAGUGUCACAUUUAAAGAAUCUGAACUGUCCUAAUCCCAGCUUGCCUUCAAUCAUGAUCUGAAUUAGACCAUUUGAUGUAUUCAGCAAUGUUUCAGUACAAAUCUACAUGCCACAUGCAGAAUUUGUUCCUGCCCACACUUCUCCUGAUCCAUAAACGCAUGUGGAAAACAAUUCUUACUGCUUGGCUGUCACUAGACGUUAAAGCAGAAGUUGGUACCCUGGUGAGUGCCUACACUUCCAGCAACUUAUGAAACCAGCUCAAGUGAUGUACAAAAGACUAGCAGGCCUUAGCAUGUACAAUACUAAAGUGUAAUUCAGUUUCACACCAGCAUUUAGAAGUAUAUUUCAUGAACUUACAACCUCCAGUGGUUCCAAAACACUUUAUUUUUGUUUGCAAUGUGAACAAUUCUCAAUGAACAAAAGCCAGUUCUGAAAUGCAAGACUUAAUAAAAUCAGCAAAAAAAAACACUGCCUUGUAUGUAAUCAUGUUCAACACAAAAUUCAAUAAAGUUCUAUACAAUGCACAA